AUGAUCUCUGCACAGUUUCGAACUCCUGCGCGCCGCAUUUUUGCUCGAGCUGCUUCAGCAAGUAAAAAAAACGUUCGUCACAGCAAUGGAGCUUCACUAGCAACAGCGGCCCUUCGUGGAAUGACCAAAUUCCCUGCAACAGCAAUUCUUCCAAUCACUUCGGUACGAAACUAUGCUGGUGGACGUCCACACCCACCUGGCGGAACCCAUCGAAUGGACAUGGGUGGCGGAGAGGAGAAGUCGGCACUAGAGCAAUAUGGAGUUGACUUAACUGCGCGAGCAAAGGCUGGGAAACUCGACCCGGUCAUUGGGAGAGACGCUGAAAUACAUCGAACCAUUCAAGUGCUAUCGAGACGAACGAAAAAUAACCCAGUGCUCAUCGGUUCUGCAGGAACCGGCAAGACAGCUAUCCUAGAAGGUUUAGCACAACGGAUAGUCCGAGGAGAUGUGCCCGAGUCGGUCAAGAACAAGAGAGUUAUCUCACUCGAUCUGGGACAAUUGAUUGCUGGAGCAAAGUUCCGAGGGGACUUUGAGGAGAGGCUCAAGAAAGUUCUCGCUGAAGUUCAGGAAGCCGAUGGCGGUAUUAUCCUUUUUGUGGACGAACUUCACACAUUGCUCGGUCUCGGAAAAUCCGAAGGAAGUAUUGAUGCCAGCAACCUCUUAAAACCGGCUCUUUCACGAGGCGAACUUCAGUGCUGUGGUGCUACAACACUAAACGAAUAUCGGAUGAUUGAGAAGGAUGUUGCAUUAGCGAGACGUUUUCAGCCUAUUCAGGUUGAUGAACCUACCAUAAACGAUACCAUCAGUAUUCUACGUGGAAUAAAAUCAAAAUACGAAGUUCAUCAUGGAGUCCGCAUCACAGAUGGUGCACUCGUAGCGGCUGCAACGUAUAGCAAUCGCUAUAUCACGGACCGAUUCUUACCAGACAAGGCUAUUGAUCUUAUGGAUGAAGCCGCUAGUGCCCUCCGACUCCAACAAGAGAGUAAACCAGAAGACAUUAUGCGCCUAGAUCAGAGAAUCAUGACCCUUCAGAUCGAGCUUGAGAGUCUGAGGAAAGAGACCGAUGUAGCAUCCCAAGAACGCCGGGAGAAGCUGCAAGGAACUCUAAAAGAGUGCCAGGAAGAGGCUGCUAAGCUCACCGAGAAAUGGGAGAAAGAGAGAGCUGAGAUUGAUGGAGUAAAGAAGGUCAAGGAGGAGCUAGAAACAGCUCGGGUAGAACUCGAUCAAGCCCAGCGGGAGAACAAUUUUGGACGAGCCGGAGAGCUUCGCUUUUCAGUGAUCCCAAAUCUAGAAUCCAAACUUCCCAAGGACGGCGAAUCUUCCUCUACUGGUCUGAUCCAUGAAUCGGUCACAGCAGAUGACAUCGCAGCAGUCGUGAGUCGAGUCACCGGAAUACCAGUCGACAAGUUGACAUCAGGUCAUGCGGAAAAACUUAUCCGAAUGGAGGAUUCACUUAGAGAAUCCGUCCGUGGCCAAGACGAGGCUCUCAGCGCCGUCGCUAAUGCUGUACGAAUGCAACGCGCUGGUCUCAACGGAGAGAACAGACCUCUAGCAUCCUUCUUUUUCCUCGGCCCUACAGGAGUUGGUAAAACCGAGCUCUGCAAGAAGCUGGCCAACUUCCUCUUCUCUACUGAGUCGGCUGUUGUUAGAUUCGAUAUGAGCGAGUUUCAGGAGAAACAUACCAUCUCUCGUUUAAUUGGCAGUCCCGCUGGCUACGUAGGAUAUGACGACGCAGGCCAACUAACAGAAGCCGUCCGACGUAAACCAUACGCAGUCCUCCUCUUCGACGAAUUUGAAAAAGCCCACCGCGACAUCUCCGCCCUACUUCUCCAAGUCCUCGAUGAAGGGUUUUUAACUGACGCCCAAGGUCACAAAAUCGAUUUCCGCAAUACUCUCAUCGUAUUUACAUCCAACCUCGGCGCAAAUAUACUAGUAGGCAACGAUCUCAUUCACCCAUACACCGAAGAGCCAAACGGAGAUAUCUCGCCAAAGAUUCGGAAUGCGGUGAUGGAUGUAGUGAACAGCAACUAUGCCCCUGAAUUUCUCAACAGAAUCGACGAGUUCAUCAUCUUCAAACGCCUUUCUACUACCGCUCUCCGCGAUAUCGUCGAUAUCCGUCUGAAGGAACUACAGGCUCGUCUCGAUGACAGACGCGUUACUCUCAACGUCGACCUGGCCGUUCGCACCUGGCUUGCCGAGCGCGGCUACGACCCUAGAUUCGGAGCCCGACCUUUAAAUCGGUUGAUAAGCACCCAGAUCGGGAACGGAUUGGCAGAUAAGAUUAUUCGGGGGGAGCUGAAGAUGGGCGAUACCGCCACUGUAAGAAUCAAGGAGGAAAAUGAUGGCUUGGAGAUUGUUCCGGGUUCCAUCGUUGUAUGA